CGAUCAUUGGUUCUUCUUCUAGAAAUCUUUAUGCAAGGAUCGGAGAAGGUCAAUCAACUUCCAGGCCACCGCUCUUUGAUGGCACCAACUACACUUAUUGGAAAGAGCAGAUGAGAAUUUAUAUCCGCUCAACCAACUUCCAGUUGUGGUUGGUCAUCAAAAACGGUGAAGAAACGCCAAUGAAGAAGGUCGGUGAAAAACUCGUCCCAAAGACCGAGGACGAAUUUGAUGCCGAAGACAUCAAAAAGGUGGAGAACUACGCCAAGGCAAUCAACAUGCUGUACUGCGCAGUCAACCCCGAUGAUUAUCGCAAGAUCUCUUGCUGCACCACCGCCAAAGAAAUGUGGGACAAGCUGGAGGUCACAUACGAAGGUACGGACCAUGUUCGGGAAGCCAAAAUUGACUUCCUAACACAGGAGUACGAGAUGUUUAGGAUGAAGGAAGGCGAAAAGAUCGAUGACAUGUUCGAUCGGUUCUCCAAGAUCAUCAACGACCUUCAUGCCCUCAAGAAGACUUACGCCAACAAGGAUCUUGUGAGGAAAAUUCUACGGAGUCUCACACCCGAAUGGAGAUCAAAGGCUGACGCAAUCUACAAAUCCAUCGGAGUCUCCAACGUCACCAUCGACGAGCUAAGAGGUAACCUCAAAACUUAUGAAUCUACUAUUCUAACCCCGUCUUUGGAUGAACAAAAGAAGAAUGGAAUAGCACUCAAAGAAACCAAGGAGACCGUGGAAGAAGUCUCAAGCGAUGACGAAAACGAGUUCGGACUCGUCAUCAAGAAAUUUCACAAAUUCAUGAAGAAGGAAUUUGAACGGAAAGGAAGAAAGCACGACGGUCCCCCGAAGUGCUAUGGCUGUGGCGAGAUAGGCCACAUCAAGCCGAGGUGUCCAAAAGGCAAAAGCGGCAAGGACAAACCUGGCUUCAAAAAGCAACGUGCCUAUAUCUCAUGGGUGGCGACUCCAGCGACGAGUCAACUGACCAAGAAGAGGAAGAAGCCGCCAACCUUUGCCUCAUGGCACACGAAGACCACGCCGAUGAAGUACAAGAGGUAUGUACCCCUUCUUCCGACUCUUACACUUUUGAAGAGAUGUAAGAAGCACUUCGAGAGGUUUAUGAUGAAUUUGUUAGCGCUUCUAAAACAAACAAAUCAUUGAAGAAACGUCUUUCAACUCUUUAAAAUGAUUUUGAAAAACUAGAAAAAGAUAAUGAAAAGUUGAAACAAGAAAAUAAAUUUUAUGGCAAAAG